CGACAUUUUAUUUCGCUGUGUCUUGACCACAUAUGAGCUAAGCAUGGAUAACCCACAGCAACUGGAUUCACUUUUCUAGGAGAACGACAGACAGAGAAAUUUCUUUGGUUGUAACCAGUGAGACUAGUACGUGGAGGUUUCAAUCUAUCUUGUAUUGUCGACGUGUACAGUGUGAAGAGUCUAACUACAAGUUGCAUUGUCAGCCUGAGCCGGCACUCACGACUCAACGAUGACCCAGAAAAUCUUUGUCGAUGUGUCCAGCGCACGGGUCCAGACCCUUAUCGCAAGCAGAAAGUGCUUGUGCUUCACUGUAGACCCGUGCGGACGCGGCAGGAGGAGAUAUUUAAGUACGUCGCACUACAGUAACUAUAACUAAAAAUGCAAGGUAUAAUGAAAUUUCUAGUCGCGCAGAAGUUUCCCACGCAACAAAGCACACACGACAGUGCAUUUUCAUCUUGGUCGUCGUGUGGGAAGUCGAGCGUGUCAUGCAGGUUCUGCUCCAAGAAAAAAGUAAAAGAUACAGUUCCUAAAGCACCAGUGACACCUACAGUGAAGCACGCACCUUUUUCCGUUUCAUAACCCUGUUGGAGCACACGGAACACAAAGGCGCAAAAGAGCUGGACCUGGACAUUUUGUACAAGCUGGUGAAUGAGCAGCAGCAAAAGAUUAGUUGCAACGCCUCUGCGGAGAUUACUUCGAGCGGAACAAAAGCUGCGUCAGACUUAUCUUCAGGAGAAGUACGAGAAGGAGCAGGGGGACCGGGUGUAAAGAAAACGAAAACCGCAUCUGAUGUUGCUUGCACAGGGGAGGUAUUGAGAACAACCAAAGCUGACUGCAUUGGCAGAAAGAUGACAUCAGAGGAACCCGACGGCUGCGACUUGUCUUCUGUCUCAACAACCCCUUCUUCUGAAGUCUGCACUUCUAGUACCGAAGAACACGACGCCUCAAAACCUCGAGAAGCAACCACGGUUGCAAGUGACGGGGAUGAUUUUUUCUGUAGCGACCGCAGCACUCUUUGCACUGCGGCCUCGUCGACGGCGCCGCUUAAUUCGACGUCUAGUACUGCAGCUACUGAGGCAGACGUGGGGCAUACUAGUAGCAUCGCCGCAGUGGAUCAACCAAGAAAAAUACAAAGGAAUGCGGGGGACGAAGGCAUGAUGCAGAAGACUGACCAGUUUGCGACCCCCGCAGCUUCCCUUGCAGAGAUCAUUGCACAGGACUGCCAGAUCAUUCGGCGCGAAACCGUUCCGGACCACCGGGAGCUGUCUGAAAUCGAGGUUCUGCGGCUGAAACAGGAGGAGCGCGCCUACCAGAAGAGCGUCGCCAACGUUACCGCCCACGGUCGGCACACGGCCCGGAAAGAAAUUAAGGCCGCCACGGAGGGAAUGGCACUCGCCGGCCACUUCGUGCUCUCCUUCGUCGGCGCGUUUCUGUGCGGGUACAUUCUACUUGCGUGCAUCCUUCAAUUGUUUGAGUUGCCUUCUUGGGCGUGGAUUGUAUGGGAAGGUAUCAGAACGACAUAA